AUGUUGUACUUGUCCUGCAGAUUAUCUACUAGAGCCGAACUUGCUUAUUUCGUUCUAAGAACCAAACGUCGAACCGCUUUCUUCCCAGCUGAUCGAGCCUUCAUAUUUCAUCUCGAAUCUCGAACGUAUCUCGUUGUCAGGGUCAUUUAUCAUCUGUUCAGAUCCGCUUUCAACCCGUUCACGCAUGCGGUCGCCGCAACGUUCAAUGAGGAUCUCAGUGACUCUUUUGGCACGGGUUUUGCCGUCAAUGGUGUUAACAACUACAACCUCCAAGUUCGACGGAAUUUCGACCAAUACGCUGACGCACCACUGGAUCGCAAUGACGGAUCCUAUCAGCCGUUUCUUACCGCUGGUGCCGUUGGUGCAGAAUACGAUUUCAGCAAAAUACGAGAACUGGCAGGGCAUCUUGAUCUUCCGAUACCUGGUAUAAAUGAAUUAUUCGACUUUGAUGGAAGAAUUAUGCUCAAAGGUUUGGGCAAUGGUAUUCUGAACAGCGCCAUGGAAUUCCCAUUGACGUUAUCUGAUCCGAACGAACGUGCACCGUACACUCUCAAGUACCUGAAUUUCAUGGCCGAUCGACAUAUGCAGUACGGACAUGUCGUACCGAAUGUGAAUUUGUUCCUCGUCGGCAAGGACAAGAUUAUGAGCAGACUUGUACAGAAUCCUGUCAAUAUGAUCAUACUGAUCACUCUACUUCCGUUUCUUCCUUAUCAUGUUGUUGCUAGAGGUGAGGCAUUGAACUUCCUGAAACACAAAAUUUUCGACCGCACUUACAAUUCACCUUUCAGCGCCAUUCAUACGAGAUCGCCCACGUGGUCUAGGCUUGCUACAACUUCCGACAGCAUUUUCCAGGCUGGUGAAAAGCCCCAGAGCGUUCCAGAUGUGCACUUGCCCGGUCAAAAAGCCGACUUCAGUGGAAGAUCAGCCUUCAAUCCUUUCACGCAUGCACUUGCCGCUGUAUUCAAUGAAGAUCUGGUGGACUCCUGGGGUACAGGAUUUGCAGUGAAUGGAGUAAAUAACCACGACCUCCAAGUUCGACGUAAUUUUGAUCAAUUUGCUGAUGUCCCUCUUGACCGCAACGAUGGUAUGCAUCAACCGUUCCUAACAGCAUUCUCUGUCGGCGCUGAGUACGAUUACUCCAAGAUCAAAGAAAUCUCAGGACACUUGGAUCUUCCUAUUCCGGGCGUUAAUGAAUUGUUCGAUUUUGAUGGACGGUUGAUGUUGAAAGGAAAUGGUAACGGUAUCCUGAACAGCGCUAUGGAAUUCCCGUUGACGUUAUCAGAUCCAAACGAACGUGCUCCAUACACCUUCAAAUACCUGAACUUCAUGGCCGAUCGACAUAUGCAAUACGGUCAUGUGGUACCUAACGUGAAUCUGUUCCUCGUUGGCAAGGACAAGAUUAUGAGCAGACUCGUCCAGAAUCGCCUCAAUCCUACGAUGAUCGGUUGA